AUGUCCACUGGCUCCGCAGCGAGCGACCCCGAGGACUAUGAGACGUGUUUCAGGCGAGCCGCAGACCCUCUGGGGAGGGCUGUGAGGAAGACGACCUGCUACGACCCUCACCCAUACUCGGACGAGGAGCCGGAGGACAAGCAGGAGCGCAGGGUCUCCAGGGCGCACCAGAGGGAGGCGCGCCAGACGCAGAGGAACGCGGCCAACGCCAGGGAGAGGGCGAGGAUGAGAGUGCUGAGCAAAGCCUUCUCCCGGCUGAAGACCACCUUGCCCUGGGUCCCGGCGGACACCAAGCUGUCCAAGCUGGACACCCUGCGCCUCGCCUCCAGCUACAUCUCCCACCUGAGGCAGCUGCUGCAGGAGGACCGCUUCGAGAACAGCUUUGCGCGCCCAGUCAGUCUGACGUGGCCUUUCAUGAUGUCAGUCCGCUCCGAGGACCAGGACAUCUCCACUGCUGCGGUUCGACUCUGUGGAGCUACAGCAUAA